AUGUCGCGAGCCAACCCCCCAAACCCGGCGGGUUCGCGCAAAAUUUCCUUUAAUGUCAGCGAGCAGUACGACAUUCAAGAUGUUGUUGGUGAAGGAGCAUAUGGCGUUGUUUGCUCCGCCAUACACAAACCAUCUGGCCAGAAAGUUGCUAUCAAGAAGAUUACACCUUUCGAUCACUCCAUGUUCUGCCUACGGACACUCCGUGAGAUGAAGCUAUUGCGGUACUUCAACCACGAGAACAUUAUUUCCAUCCUCGACAUCCAAAAGCCUCGCAGCUACGAAACGUUUAACGAGGUGUACCUGAUCCAGGAACUCAUGGAGACCGAUAUGCAUCGCGUGAUUCGCACGCAGGACCUGUCGGACGACCAUUGCCAAUACUUCAUCUACCAGACUCUUCGUGCCCUCAAGGCAAUGCACUCCGCAAACGUCCUCCACCGUGAUCUUAAGCCGUCGAACUUACUUUUGAACGCCAACUGCGAUCUGAAGGUCUGCGAUUUCGGCUUGGCACGAUCGGCAGCGUCACAGGAAGACAACUCAGGCUUCAUGACGGAAUACGUUGCCACACGUUGGUACCGUGCACCCGAAAUUAUGUUGACUUUCAAAGAGUAUACUAAGGCCAUCGACGUGUGGUCCGUGGGGUGCAUUUUGGCCGAGAUGCUUAGUGGAAAGCCCCUGUUUCCUGGAAAGGACUAUCACCACCAGUUGACGCUCAUUUUGGACGUUCUUGGCACACCGACGAUGGAGGACUACUACGGCAUCAAGUCACGGCGCGCAAGAGAGUACAUCCGCUCUCUUCCGUUCAAGAAGAAGGUGCAGUUCCGGACACUCUUCCCUAAAACGUCAGACCUCGCUCUGGACCUUCUCGAAAAGCUCCUUGCCUUCAAUCCGGUGAAGCGCAUCACGGUCGAAGAGGCCCUUAAGCACCCAUACCUGGAGCCCUACCACGACCCCGACGAUGAGCCGACGGCACCACCAAUUCCGGAAGAGUUCUUUGACUUUGACAAGCACAAAGACAACCUGAGCAAAGAGCAGCUGAAGCAGCUGAUCUACCAAGAGAUCAUGCGGUGA